AAAAUAUCAGCUUCCAUCUCUCUCAGUCACUCACUAUCACAAACAUCCCCCCAAACCAAAUCUCCACAAAACCAAAACCAUGAGCCGAUUUACUAAACUCGACAUCAUCGAUUACUUAGUAUCAACAACACCAUCACCAUUACCAUCUGAUGACUUUGAUUUCGAUUCACCUCUUGAUCUCUUCGCUUUUCCAUCACUUGAUGAUAUCAUCUUUUCACCGCCCUUCUUAACCGUCACCGAUCUUGUUCAAAUCCACCGUACCACCACGCCCCUUUGCAUCGCAUCAUCUCGCAACCUCAUCACGCGCCGCCGGUCCUCCGAUCUGUACCUCAAGGCACUCUCUGACCGUGUCUCUGCACUCGAGCUAGCCUUUGACUUGGUGAACGAUGACAAGAAACCUGCCAAGUCGUCUUCAUUGGAUCGGAAGUACACGUGGACGGCUGAGAUUAACAGCCCCGAGAAAAACGGAUUGGAUCGGAAAUAUAAGGUGACGACUGAGAUAAAAGGAGGAAAGAAGAAAGAGAAGACAUCAAAAUGGACGGCUGAGAUUAAGAAGAAAGGAGAAGAUGUACGCAAGUACACUUUCACUGCUUCAACAGCCAAUGCUGGGGUUGAAGACUCGGAAUCACAAGUAGUAAAAAAAGAAAAGAAUAAUAAUAAAAAAACUAGUACUAAAAAGAAGGAGAAAUCGCCACGUAUUGUUGAAAUACAAGGCGAACCUGAUCAUGGUGCUCUCUUAUUGAAACAGGCAUUUAACAGGGCCUUGGAAAGAAACAAAGGGAAGAAGAAGGAGUUGUCACCACAAGAUGCAGCCAUGGUGAUACAAAUGACUUUUAGAGCAUAUCUGAUCAAGAGGUCUCAAACUCUCCGUGCUCUUCGUGACUUGGCUGUUGCUAAGGGGAGGCUUAAGGAGCUCAGGAGCUUGUUUAACAAUUUCUCCUACCGACGCCGUUUGGCUCAUAAUGCCCAGGAGAAACAGAAGUUCUCUGAGAAAGUUAUUGUGUUACUUAUCACUGUUGAUUCCAUUGAGGGUGCUGAUAUCAUGGUGAGGGCUGCAAAAAGGUCGAUGGUGGAUGAGCUGGAAGCGAUGCUGGACGUGGUGGACCCACAACCAGGAGAAGGCCGGUCUGUUUCUUUGAAGAGGAGAACGUUCGAUAUGCCAGAUGCUGUCAUCCAAAAGGAACUAGCGGAGGGUGUUGCACAAGUUGUACGCAUGCUCGGAGAGGAUAAUGCUUCAGAAACCUUUGAAGCUUAAGUGUAAGCCCAUCCAUGUUAACAUCGCUAUGAAACCAUGUUGAGUUUUACCUAGCCUCUGAGUGUUGUAUUGUUUUUAUGUAGCUUUAAGAGACAGUAGUUUGAUCUUUGUUGUUGUUUCUUCUUUGCUUAGAGUUUUGUACUCUAAAGCUUUGACUUCGGCUGAGUCUAGCUUGUACCCCGCAGUUGGUUCUUGGUUGUGCGGUUUAAUUUAUUCACAUCUUGUUUCAGGCA